AUGGGGAGAGAUGAGACAACGAUGAGGAAGGAAAAAUCGCACCCUGCUACUGAACAACGGGGACUGCCCGCCCAUCUUCAGCCACGUGUGGGUUCGCGAGGCCAACAAGCAGGUGUGGAACAAAGCGUUUCUCCUGCUCAAGAACCGCUGCCUCUACCUCUCCUACAAGACCCCUGCUACUUGAACAACGCGGACCUGCACGCCCAUCUUCAGCCACGUGUGGGUCGCGAGGCCAACAAGCAGGUGUGGAACAAAGCGUUGUCUCCUGCUCAAGAACCGCUGCCUCUACCCUCUCCUACAAGCGCCCCCUUGCCUUCUUUCCUGCUGCCGCCACAAGCCCUGUGGCCCACCGCCUCCGUUGCUUCCGCGCUGUGGACUUUGCUGCCAUGUCCUUCAUCUUCACCAGACGUACCUCCUUCACCAGACGUACCUCCUUCCACCAGACGUACCUCCUUCACCCAGGACGUACCUCCUUCACCCAGACGUACCUCCUUCACCAGACGUACCUUCCUUCACACAGACGUACCUCCUCACCAGAGUUACCUCCUCACCAGACGUAACCUCCUUCACACAGGACGUACCUCCUUCACCAGACGUACCUUCCUUCCACCAGACGUACCUCCUUCACCAGACGUACCUCCUUCACCAGACGGACCUCCUUCACCAGACGUACCUCCUUCACCAGACGACCGUCCUUCACCGACGGGAAAAGUUCUCGGCCUUUCUCAUCCCUCCACGGCCCUCGGAAGUUUGGAAAGGAACGGCUGUCGCUUCUUCUUGAAACUGCCAGGCGCACUUCUUUUACCUCCGCGCUGUCUGUUGCCACCACGCACGUACUCAGGCCACCGCCCCUCGCUGCCCCUACCCGCCCCGCCCGCGCCCCCGCCCCCUGCCCGCUUCUACUGCCGCCGGCCCCGCGGAACCACUGGUUGA